GUAGUUAUUUUAGUAUUGGAUUUCGUGUCUAUACACUCGAACGAACAGUCCCGAACUCCCUACUAUCGCCUGAAAUGGCAGCAUCAGAGGGAGCUUGCCUCAACCAUGUUUCUCGCGAAUCGCCUGAUAUCAAGCGCCUCGCUCAGUUCUACACUGAAGUAUUCGGUUUUGAGCAACUGGCAGCUCCGAAUUUUCCGUUCGGUGUAAUAUGGUUGAAAUUGGGUUCAUUCUAUCUUCACCUCAUCGAGAGAGACCCCUCCACGAAACUCCCAGAGUAUAGUGCCAUGUCAGCGGUCGCCGCCCCGGAGAAUCUUCCCCGAGGGCACCAUGUCUGCUUUUCCAUCUCCAAUUUCGACUCUUUUGUUCGCACCCUCAAGGACAAAGGAAUUCAAGUUCACGAGACAUGUCAACCAGAUGGGAAGACCAAGCAGGCAUUCUUCUUCGAUCCAGAUGGAAACGGAUUGGAAGUUAGCAGUGCGCGCCCAGCACCGUGAACCAUAGAAGGCAUGCUUUCUCUGAAAUCUGAAUAGUGAAAUACUAUAGUGUAGCAUAAAUAAAACAUGACCAUGCUAUGUUAAAAUUCUUAUAUAUAGUACUUUUAAGACUUUUUUUUUUUUCUUGAACCUGGUCUUUAUUUGCUGUUUUAUGCUCUAGUUCAUGCCUGACCCAUUGGUGCUAAAUGCCGGAGGCACAUAAUACUACGGAGUACUAAGAGGAUGUUUGGUUAGGUGUAA